CUGUAAAAAUGACAAGAAGAUUGCCUGAAAAUGUUGCCCGGUUGAACAGUAAAAGCUGUGUUUUUCGCUCCUCAGAGGUCCAUCGGUCUCCCGGACGUUCACUCAGGAUAUGGAUUUGCGAUCGGAAACAUGGCGGCUUUCGACAUGAGCGACCCCAGCGCUGUGGUGUCUCCAGGCGGUGUCGGGUUUGACAUAAACUGCGGCGUCCGUCUGCUGAGGACGAACCUGGACGAGGGCGACGUGCAGCCGGUGAAGGAGCAGCUCGCGCAGUCGCUGUUCGACCACAUCCCCGUGGGAGUCGGGUCCAAGGGAGUCAUCCCCAUGGGGGCCAAGGACCUGGAGGAGGCUCUGGAGAUGGGGGUGGACUGGUCUCUGAGGGAGGGCUACGCCUGGGCCGAGGACAAGGAGCACUGCGAGGAGUACGGCAGGAUGCUGCAGGCCGACCCCAACAAAGUGUCCUCCAAGGCCAAGAAGAGAGGCCUGCCGCAGGUAUCCCAGCAGCCCCGGCGGCUGGCGUCUAUAUUCACAGCAAACGUCUUC